AUGGCACCUAUCUCUUGUUUAGUUUUAAUUGCAUUCUUGUUGAUUUUGGUAGAAACAUCUGCUGCUGCUGGUGUGUCAGUUUGGCCGAUCUGGGACCUGAAAGGCACAAUAGUGGUACUUGUCGCAAAAUUUGCAGUGGCGCAACAUAAUAAGGAGGCUAAUACAACCUUGCUCUUUGUAAAUGUGGUCGAUGGAACUUACGUAGUGAUGAAAGAGAAAUGCACUUAUAGAUUUCGUUUAGUAAUCUCAGCUAAAGAUAACAGUAUUGCCCAUCCCAAAAACUAUAGUGCAUCUGUUUUUUACAGGCCAAUAUUGAAAAAUAAUUCCAUGGAACUCAGUCACUUCUUGAUGGACGACGGUAAAUUUUAA